AUGGCCACGCUCAAUGGCGCGCCCGCCGACACCGUCGCCCCUGGCCUCGCCGACACGUCCAUGACCACGCACGGCUUCACCAUCACCACGCGCAAGCUGCCCAUCCUCAAGGCGGGCCCCAUCGACGCAAUGACAAAGGCGCUGGGCAUCACCCCGCCCGAGAUGAUCUUCGGCGACAACCUCGCCCGGAUCGAGCACCCGGCCUCGGGCUGGUUCAUCGAGUUCAACGCCUUCGACGCCCUCGACCGCGUCGACAAGACGGGCGAGCACAUGUUCCAGGUCGCCUACUCCACCGAGUGGCAGCAGAACCGCCAGAAGCAGUUCGAGGACAUCAAGGAGGUCGUCAAGCCCUUCGACUGGUCCUACAGCACAGACUACAAGGGCACCACCCCGGCCACCCCCGCCCUGGCCCCCACCCAGACGCCCAUCCCCCUCGCCCUCCUGCGCCGCCCAGACCCCAUCCUCUUCUUCGACGACGUCGUGCUGUACGAGGACGAGCUGGCCGACAACGGCAUCGCCAUGCUGUCCUGCAAGAUCCGCGUCAUGCCCGCCCGCCUGCUGCUGCUCGUGCGCUUCUUCAUGCGCCUCGACGGCGUCGUCUUCCGCAUACGCGACACCCGCGUCUUCGUCGAGUUCGCUACCCGCGAGGUCAUCCGCGAGUACACAGCCCGGGAGGACAAGUACGAGGAGGUCCGCCGGAAGCUGGCAGGCCGCAAGGAGGACGUCCUCGCCAUCAUGCGCGACCCAAACCGCCUGGCCGAGCACAUACCCAUUGUCGAGCAGACGCUAGACGGCGUCACGCUGCGGUGA